AUGGGAGAUCAUGGCAGCUCUCCAACAUGCCUAUCAGCAGAGCCUCAUGGCCCAGCUGAAGGGAGCCACGGAACCAUUCGAGAUCACGCUGCUCACUAUUUUGGUUGCAUCGAGAUCGCUGAUCGAGUCAACUAUCUGAGCCAAGAGAAGAACUCGGAUCUCUGGGAUCACGAGAUCCAAAUCGAGGCUGAGAGGUUGCAGCAACGAAAGCCUACCAUCAGUGAGGACGAACGGCUAAAGACUGCGAAAGAAAAGGUUGAAGCUAGAAUCAAGAGUCUCGCUGUGAGCAUUGAAGCGCAAUACAAGCGAACGGACAUCCUUCGGAAAGCACUCUCGGAGGUGAGAUGUCCUCAAUGCAAAGAUGAACCUCUAAACAAAGACAUAGAGGACUCGGCGAAUCAACACCCUCAGUGCGAUCUGGUUCAUCUUGUAUCUCACAGUCACGAGGAAUGGAAGAAUUCGGACAGUUACAAGAAGGGUAUCGAGAUCAUCCAAGACUGGAAACGACACAAAACAUUAUCGGCACAGAGUAGCGAUGUUGAGGACGAGCAUCUCACAAAUAGUCCGAGUUUAUCGAGCAAUGACCAGCCUAGAAUGGCACCUGAGAGGGAAGAGGCUCGCAAGAUCAUCCGGGACGGCCAUACCGAUGUCGAUUAUGCCUUUGAAGAAGAUGAAGACACGCCUUCGUACGAGCUGGAACGAGAUAUGAACGGGUACCUCAUUCAGUGGAAGAUUUUGAAACCUGGAGAGUCACUCAAGAAGCUCGACUCGCACACGCCAAUCAACAUCUCCCCAACGUCGGUCAAUUUCACCCUUCCCUCACAGCUCCCAUCUCUUCCCCCUUCUCCUCGGCGAGCUCCUCGACCUCGGGCAGCUAGAGCGCCGAGUGAAGCUACAGUUCAAUUCGAAGCUACAGACCACAAGCCAAAGGAACGUCCGACCGGACCCAGUCGCUUGCGCUCUGGGACACUGCAAUCCGCCUCCUAUCUCGAGCCUUACACAGAACAGGAGAGAUAUCUGGAGCCGUUGACCGAAAACCUCACCGAUUACCGUUUCAAAGGGAAGUUUCCUGAUCAGAGACUGACGUUACAGAACCUUCUCGAUCCUGCACCGGAAAGGCCAGAGCCUCAGGACGUAAUCCUAUCUCGAGAUCGUCCAAACAAAGAUGGAAGAGUGCGGUACUUCCAUAUACCGCAUAACAACAUGCAGUGGCUAGAGGAAGCCAUCGCACGUUACUUCAACGAGGAGUGUCCACCGGCCGACGGGAUUCACCGAAACCCGUUGAAAACGCACAGCCGUAUGGUCUUACGUCCUGAAUAUUGGAGAGGUCAACAGCAUGGCGGCAGGCGCACAUUGGUACAUGCUAGACACAUGCGUGCUAUUUGCGAGCGUAUUUCGUCGAGGAUUUGGGAGGUGGAAGACAACCCUGAUAACCUUGUGCUGUUUAUGCCCUACUUGCACUGGGAGGAAGAUCGUAAGCGCGACAAGAUGGCUAAAAUAAUUGACAAGGAAUCGGAGAGAAAUCGAGAAGAACAUGAGAAGCAGCGCAAUAUCUCAAGGGCCGAGAGAGUACAGAAACGUACUUACAAGCCAACCACUACCAAUGACAAGCAAGUACGAAACUUGCUCGAGCCCGACCUUUGUCGUAUCAAGCACCACGACAAAGUUUCUCCGAUUCAUAAAGCAAGCAUCCUCAAAGCUUGGGAGAAGAAUGCACGCGGAAAACCUAACGGCAAGCAUGAGAUGGUCGACGUUGCUAGUGGAUUAGCAACGGGCGGCCUUGUUGAACAUGAAUACGGCAGUGAUGGCCACAACUCAUGGUCUGUUCCCAAGCUGAAAUGCUCCGAUCAUGGGAGGUUGCAUAUUGAGAACAAGCUGGGGCAGUUUCUUUUGGAUUCCGCAAGACUAUAUGAGGCAAUGUCCAUGUAUAGAGAUCAGUGUCUCGUUGAGAAGUACCUUCACCACGAUCCACCUCUACAUCCCCGACGUACCCUUGACCAGUCUUACUACUGGACUCUAAAGACAACAAAAGCGAGAGACAGAGACCAAGUUGUUUAUCGCGGCACAACCAUGGAUGAGAGGAACAUCCAUAGAUUUCGAGAACGCCGUGGAGACCCGGCACAGUCUUGUAAAGACAAGAAACCGUUUUUGAGCUCCGCUGCUCCCUCAACCACUGAGAAGAAUCCCGAAUUCGAUGUUCCGGACUCAUCUGAAAGCAACUUUGGCCGUUACAAAUGGGAUGGUCACUGGACGAAGACCGACGAGGAUGGUUGCGAUCACUGUAGGGACGAGAUACGUAAGGUGUCCAGGAUUGUCAUGGUCGACCAGCUGUGGAUGUGGAUCUUGGACAAGCGGACGAUCAUCACCAGUUUCCCGAAAAGAUACGGCGCGAAUAAGUCAGAUCCCUCGGGGGUACACAAGUCGAUACGCACCCGUAUCAAGCACGCUCGCAAGAAUCAGAUUCGAUCUGUCUUUGAUGUGGCACUCAUCAUUCUCGAUGAGUGCUCGAACACGUUCUUUGACAGAACAAAAACACCAGAUCGACACCCGCAGGUCAUGGACAUAUUCGCAGAGUCCAUCGGCACUCUGCAAAACAAACAAACAGUAUCUUUCCAGCAUCUAUGGCACUGGACUGAGCAAGCCUCCAAGGUUUACCACUCCAAGUCAGCAUUUGAGGACACAUCCCACCUCCACGUUCCGCUUCUCAACAUCAAUCCUGAGGGCAAGCUGCAGCGAGAGAUAAAAGACAUCAUCGAUGAGCUAGACAUCAUGAUACAUGUCAAUGGGAAACAAAGGGAAGUCAUCAAACGGUUCGUGAAGCACGUUGAAAACAUAUACGACCCGAGUGGUAAGUGGCGGGACGAGACACUCAGCCCGGAUGGCAAUCGGGACUACUUUCGUUCCCGGUCAAUGUCGCGAGGCGGCGAAGAGAUCAGAUCUACGGAAGAGGCUAGGAAACAAGAGGAGCGCGAGAAGGAUGAGUUUACCUGGUUCCGCAAACAAGCAUACGAUCUCAUAUCGGAUGUGGACGACCGAAUGAACGAGCUCGAAAGCCUGCGCAAAAGCGCUGAGACUACAUCGCAAGGCAUCAAAGACCUUCUUGACCUGAAACAGCAGCAGGCUAGCAUUCUACAGGCAUGGCAGUCAGUCAGGCAAGCAGACGAAAGCGUUCGCCAAGGAAGAUCCGUCAUGAUCUUUACGAUUGUUACCAUCAUAUUUCUACCACUAUCAUUCAUGUCGAGUGUGUUCGGCAUGAACAAUAGAGACAUUGGCGACACCAAUAUGUCGUUUGGAGACCAGGCGCUUUGGAUGUUCCCAAUAUCCGCCAGUGUGAUUUUCAUCUCCAUUGUAUUCGCCUUUUGGACGUACCCGCGCACGCUGUUCUGGUCUGCAUACAAACUGUCAGAGACAUGGAUUCUUGUCACUUUCGGCUUCUAUACACUCUAUCUCAAGAUUGGAGAGUGGAAGAAAGACUGGACGACAAGCGAUAAGAUGUUGAAAAGACUUGAAAAGAAGGUGGAGGGCAUGAGGAGCCAAGUUAAAGACCGACGUCGUGCCGAGCGCGAGAGGGCAGAUGCCGAAGUGUUGCAAAAAGGAGCAGGAGACGGCAAAGUCAAAGAUCAACGUCGCACUGAGCACGAGAGGGUAAAUGCCGAAGUGUGGAGGAAGAGCGAAGGAGACGGCAAAGUCUGA